GCUCAAAUACUUUGCUGCCUCCUCUGCAGCUGCCAGACCUGCUCCUGCUCCAGCUCCUGCUCCUGCUCAGGGAAAGACUGACAAGAUGAUGAGCUCAAGCUAUUGGAAUGAAACCAGCAGCAGCUGUGGGGCCCACCAGCCCCUUGAGGUGCAACAGUACCAGCCUCAGCAUUACCAUUGCUACCAUCAGCCAAGCCAAGCCCAACAGCCUCUAGAAAAAAACGUAGUCUAUGAGCGUGUGAGGACCUACAGCGGGCCCAUGAACAAGGUAGUGCAAGCCUUGGACCCCAUCGGUUCACAGGAAGUGCUCUCUCCGCUCAAAACUGCCUCCUCCUACCAAAACUUGGUUUGGAGCAACCAUUCCCAGGAACUCCAUUCUCCAACUCUGAAAAUCUCAACUUGUGCACCAAACAAUUUAUAUAUAACCCAAAAUACUGAACAGGAACUCCAUUCUCCAACAGUGAAAGUCAUUACAUAUCCACAAACCAAUAUUAGGAGAUACAUAGUACAAAAUCCUGAGCAGGAACCACUGUCUCCAUUCAUGAGAGGAAACCAUAUCUUCCCAGGAAACAAUGUUAUUUAUGAAAAAACAAUAAGAAAAGUGGAAAAGCUAAAUACAGAUCAAGAAUGCUACCCUCAGGUUCACUGUGUUCAUCACAUUGUCCAGCAGCCCCCGAUCACCCACUCUUCACACUGUCAACAAUUCCAUUCUAAUCAACAAAUCAAAAGCAUUACAGAAAGUGAUUCAACUUCUACAAACAUUGGAAAUGAACUUUGCCAUGGUGGAUCGAACCAGAUACAUGAGCAGGUUAUAAUUCAGGAUGAUGGCCCUGAAAAAUUGGAUCCCAAGUAUUUUGGAGAGUUGCUUGCAGAUCUAAGUCGUAAGAAUACUGAUCUGUAUCACUGCUUAUUAGAACAUUUGCAGAGAAUUGGAGGAAGCAAACAGGAAUUUGAGUCUACUGAUACAUCAGAAGACAUUGAAGAACUAAUUCCUAAAGGAUUGUCAGAGUUUACAAAACAGCAAAUUCGCUAUAUUCUGCAGAUGAGGGAUAUGUCUGAUAAAUCACUCCGGCUAAUACUAUCAACAUUCAGUAACAUAAGGGAGGAGCUUGGACACCUUCAAAAUGACUUGACAUCACUAGAAAAUGACAAGGUAAGACUGGAGAAGGACUUGGCAUUCAAAGAAUCUCAAAUAAAAGAGUAUGAAGAACUCUUGGCAUCAGUGAGAGCAAAUAAUCGCCAGCAGCAAAAAGGACUUCAAGAUUCAAGCUCAAAAUGCCAGGCAUUGGAAGAAAAUAAUCUUUCUCUUCGACAUACACUAUCAGAUAUGGAGUACAAAUUAAAAGAACUGGAGUAUUGUAAAUGUAAUUUAGAACAAGAGAAUAAAAAUCUUAGAUUGCAGGUUUCUGAGACUUGUACAGGCCCAAUGUUGCAGGCUAAAAUGGAUGAAAUUGGCAAACAUUAUAUGGAGAUGGUAAAAAACUUGAGACUAGAGAAAGACCGAGAGAUCUCCAAGCUAAGGUCGCAAUUAAACCAGUACCAAAAAGAUGUUUCAAGAAGAGAAGGAAGCUGUAGUGACUUCCAGUUCAAGCUACAUGAACUGACAAGCUUGCUGGAAGAGAAGGAUUCCCUCAUAAAGCGCCAGUCAGAGGAACUCUCAAAGUUGAGACAAGAAAUAUACUCAUCUCAUAACCAAUCCUCCAGUGGUGGAAGGACUACUAUCACCACCAAAAAGUACAGGACACAGUAUCCAAUCCUAGGACUCCUGUAUGAUGACUAUGAAUAUAUACCACCAGGCAGUGACACACAGACAAUUGUGAUUGAGAAAACAGAAGACAAAUGGACUUGUCCAUGAAUGAAUCCACUUUAAACUUUUACAACUCAGAGAAGGCUUUCUAUGUCUGCAUUUGUAUUUUAAUUGCUAUUUUUGUUGAUAAUGACUAAUCAAAGUUUUGAACCAUACCACUACCCAAUGAAUCAAAUGGAAAGACUUAAUUCUACACGAGUUUCUCCAGCUAUUUAUGAGAUUUGAAUCUUUUCUGUAACAUUUAUGUAUUCAGUAUACAUACAAACCAAGAGAAAUCUGCUAGUUUAAACUUUGAUUGGAAACGCUAUAGAACAUAACCCACAAUUUUUCAGACAGGUUGCUUUCUAUAUAUUGAAAUAAGUUGUAUGGGGUAGAGACUUGGGAGAUUUUCUCUGAUGUGAGAUGUGUAAUUCUUCCACAAGAUUUAAUAAUGUUUUUAACAAAAAGAGGCAAAAAUUCACUGAAAAAAUUUUUAAAAUAGUUUACUGCAUUAUAUAUAGUCUACAUUUGCUUUUCUCAUAUUAAGCCUCUGACUAAAAGAGCUGUUUUAUUGCAUGUUAUUUACAACUCUUGGAAAUAUAACUGUAUCAAAGGUGAUAGUUAAUUUUAUUUAGCAGGGAAGUGGGAUAUCUUUUAAAAUAACUAAAUCCACUAAUUUGUACAUUAUGCUACUUGGUUCUAAGUGCAUGUCAGUCCCUUGGCAAAUCUGUCAUUUUGAAGCAUUUUUGUCCCCAAAUUAUCCCACUCACAUCCUUAAAAGCAUAUAACACUAUAUUGUAGCAGUAGGCAGAUAUAAGAUAGAAUUUUUCAGAGUUCUAUACAAACAUAACACUGAAAUACUGUACAGAUAUAAAGGCUUAGGGGAUAAAUAUAGCAACAACAUAUAUUUGAGAGCUGUAUCCCACUUGGAAGAAAUAUUUUAUAAUAUUUAAAGUAUUCAGUUUACCAAAUGGACUCUAAUUACUAAAGUGAACAGAGAUAUUUCUUAAAUAAUUACAGGAAUGAAGUUUUUAAAACAAUUUCUGCCAGUGGCAGUUAAGAAGUCAGCACUUUCCUGACCCACUUGAUUUACACAUAGAUAGGGAAUAAAGAUUUAUGAAAAGGUCCUCACCAUACCUAAGGUUUUUUAAAACGCACACAAAAUUUAGCAGUGCAGAGGACUAUACUUUAAAAUUACAUAUUUUGCUUGCAAUUUGUGAUUGAGAUUAAUGAAAAAGUAGUGAUGUCUUUUCCUCUCACCAGUUUAAGGCAGUUUAUGUGUGAAAACUGCAAGUAUAUCAGAUGAAGAAAGCUUAUUUAUCUAAUUUCUACUGUACUGUUUUCACUUUAGGCUUGUCCAAUAAAAUGGAGACUAUAAUGACAUGCGAAGUAA